UCGAGGCCACGAAGCGAUGGUCCACGGGGUGGGGAGCUGCUCGCUUCCCUCCCCAGAGCUCGAUUCGUGGUCUCGAAGAUUUCUCAACGGCGUCCAGAGGACUACACUCCGAAUGAUGUUGCCAAUCCGAGCGAGAUUAGAGCAUCUUUAGCGCCUGCUUUACCCAGAACAUGUCGAUGCCGGCUGCAAUAGAUCUGCAAUGAGUGAUUCAAUUCCAUUCGGGGGCGAGCUUUUGAAAAGGUGUUCGUACGUAUGUAAGUAGACAAGAAUAUGCAUGCUUGAAAAGAGUGAUAUGGUCCCUGGGAAGAUUCUCGAUCGAUGGAGGAAAGUUAUCUGUUGGUAAUUGCGGUCGCUUUGUGUCGAACAUAAGUAGGGAGUUCUUGAGAUCCACGGAGAGAACUGGAUCGAAGAGCAUGUCAGAGUCUGUCAUAUAACCGGCGCUGGUAGAAGUUUUCAUUUAUUCGGAUGAACGUACUUAUUUAGAGACAAGCAUGAAUCAUUCGAUGCGCGUGUGGGGGCUUGUUGUGAGCAGAUUCAAAGGUGCAGUUCUUGCUAAGGUCGGACGAGGAGGUCCAACGAUCUCCACUAUCGCCUUGCAGUCUACUUACUCACAAAAAAAAGUCCUUUGUUCGUAGGGAGUGGCAGCCUUUUUUAAAAGGCAGCCAUCACCACGAGAUUCGAGUCACCCCAAUUCGACUACAUAAGAUAAUCAAUCCUGGAAGAUGAGGAGUUAUUUUCAGAUGCCACGGAAUUGAAUCUCGCUCACAUGGACAUAAAUUCUGUACACUGCACAGCCCUCACCCUCGGAUGGUGGGUCUAGUUUGUUCCACGCGCCAGGAGUUCCAAUGUCAACAACGAACUCCUCCUAAAGCAGAGUAGUUUAUUAGGCAAUAUUCAAUUCGUCGAACGUAAGUUGGUACUCUGUCUUAUCGAGACAGAGGACCCACUCAUCGCAGGAGUUUCCCUCUGAGUACAUAGGCUCGAUCCAUCGAUUGGUCGAUCGCUCCAUCGUCUUGGGGGGUCAGUUCACCUCACCAGCAGUCGGAUCCAUAGAAAUUUCGUUUAAUAGCGUCCAGCUUCCCGCUGCUGAAGGGGCUGUGCCAACUGAGAGGGGCGAUUCAAACGCGACCGUCACGUCGUCGGCGUCAGUAACUGGAAGAGUUCCGCUCCAGCGUCGCGAAAAGACGAUGAGCAGCACUACGACGGAAAUCUCGUCGGAGGGUAUGGGCGUUCCAGUGGAGGCCUCCAACGCUGUGACAGUGUCUGAUCGUGAACAUGGCAGCAUACUUCUGGCUCCACGGGCGUCCACAAGCUUCAAAUCGGCAUUGGUACCUUGCCGGCUUCCCACACUGGGGGAAGUGCUGAAGAAGGUCAGAAACGUAGGGAGUUCAUUCGAUAUGUCGGGAUCCAAGUCAAACAGUAGUUCAUUCGAUAUGUCAGUAUCGGGAGUCGCGAUGGCAGGCCCGGGGGACAAAGUUGUUGACGUCUUGGACGAAAGUGAGAGCAUGAACCAAUCAGAUAUCAGGAAGCACCCGUCGAUCGUGCUGCAGUUUCAUAGUCUCACGUACACGGUGAAGCAGAAGAACUCAAGGUCAGCAGUUCCGGGCAUGUGCCAGAAUUCAGCUAUGGUGAAUCCGACUCAGUCUCCGCCACCAAGCACUAGCUCUCGAGUCCCCCUCUUGGACCAGAUUUCCGGAGAAGCCAGGGAUGGUGAGAUCUUGGCCAUCAUGGGUCCCAGCGGUUCGGGCAAGUCUACUCUGAUCGAUGCUCUAGCUCAGCGAAUAGUUCCCGAGAGCUUGGCGGGCACCAUUACUCUGAACGGAGAGCAGGUGUCCAAUAGCCUGCUCAAGAGCAUCAGUGCAUACGUGAUGCAGGACGAUCUGCUGUUUCCGAUGCUGACCGUCGAGGAGACGCUCAUGUUUGCAGCGAAAGUGAGGCUGCCCAGCAGCUCUCACAGCGUAGCACGCAAGAGGGAGCGAGUGGGGCAGCUGCUGCUGCAGCUCGGUCUGCACGGAGUGGCCCACACCAUCAUCGGAGACGAGGACCACCGCGGCGUCUCGGGAGGGGAGAGGCGCAGAGUGUCAAUCGGGAUUGACAUUAUACACGACCCUCUGUUGCUCUUCCUGGACGAACCCACCUCGGGAUUGGACUCGACCUCAGCCUUCCUCGUCAUCAAAACCUUGCAAAAGAUAGCUCGCGCGGGCAGCAUAGUGAUUCUCACGAUCCACCAGCCGAGCUAUAGAAUCCUGGGACUCCUCGACAGGCUCAUAAUUCUGGCGUUCGGUCAGAAAAUCUACGGGGGACCACCUUCGGAAUUGAACUCGUUUUACGCCGCCUUUGGGCGGCCCGUUCCGGAGCACGAGAACAGCACAGAGCAUGGUCUGGACCUGAUUCAGGAGCUACAAAGCUCACCCACGGGAAUCCAGCCUCUGGUCGAAUUCUUGAGGGUGUGGGGGGAGGGCAACGAUGGGGCGGAGUGCGGACCGAAGUCGCCGUUCGGUGGAAUGGAUGUUCGCGGCGCUCUAAUUGCGAGCAUCGCGAGAGGCAAGCUUGUGGCGACACGAGGAUACAACGAUGGAGAUGGCGGCGGCGAUGUCAUGGUCGACUUGGCCACGCUGGACUCGGCCUCGUCCAUGGUGGCGAAAUUCGCCAAUCCGAUGUGGCGCGAAGUGCCUGUGUUGACGUGGAGAUCGCUGAUCAACUUCAGUCGGACGCCGUCGUUGUUCCUGGUGCGCGUGGGCUGCAUUCUGGGCACCGGCUUCCUCAUUGCCACCGUCUACUGGGGCCUCGACCACAGCCCUCUCGGUGUCCAGGAGCGCAUCGGCUUCUUCGCCCUCGCCAUGUCUGCCACGUACUACGCCUGCGCCGACGCCCUGCCGGUGUUUAUCAUGGAGCGCAACAUUUUCAUGAGGGAGACUGCUCACAACGCUUAUCGGAAGUCGUCGUACGUUCUGGCGCACGCUCUCAUUUACAUCCCGGUUCUAGGAACUAUGGCUCUGGCGUUCUCAAUUUCCGUAUGGUGGGCUGUGGGUCUAGCCGGUGGUAGCGCAGGAUUUGGGUUCUUCGUUCUGAUAACGUGGGCGUCAUUCUGGGCUGGUAACUCAUUCGUCACCCUCCUGUCGGCGUUGAUGCCCAACGUGAUGAUCGGCUACAUGCUAGUAAUGGCAUGGCUGGCCUACUUUCUGCUGCUUAGUGGCUACUUCGUCACCACGGACCGCAUUCCUAAGUACUGGAUCUGGUUCCACUACAUGUCUCCAAUAAAAUACCCAUUCGACGCUGUACUCAUCAACGAAUUUGACCGUGAUGGGAGCUGCUUCCAGAGGGGCUCAGAAAUCCUCUUCGGCACUCCUCUCGCAGAAGUCCAGGGUGCAGGUCUAAUCGACGGGAUGCUUGGAUACCUCCGUGGUGCCUUGGCGAAUACCUCCUACGCGCAGUUGAGCCCUGAAACUUGUGUCCUCACGGGCCAUGACAUUCUUGUCUCCCGAGGAAUCGUCCUGUUUUCGAAGUGGGUGAAUUUAGGAAUAACGAUCAGUUUUGGGAUGUUUUACCGAACUCUUUUCUACAUCGUACUGAGAAUGAGUGGGAAGAAUAGACGCCAUUAAACAAGAAGUGGCACUGCCUGUUGAUAAAUAUAUUCAACUCUGUACAGCGUAUACUAUUUCCUUGUAUGAACCAAGAAAAUCUUGGUGCUAUACUCAGCUACUGAAGCCUUGAAGGCUAUAUUUCUCAAGACUGGCGUUCAAAAAAUUGCAAUUCUAACCUUGAUUGAACAGGGUAUUUAUGUCUACGAGGCAAUCGAUCUUUCUCCUGUCAAUGGCCCUGAGAUGCUAAAAUCACGUCUCUCUCUAAAGUCGAUGGUGCUCCAUCUUAAUCUCAAAUAUGCCAGCUGUGCAUGUGAAGUCCAGAUAUAUCUAGAUACACUGUAGAAAGCCCUCCUGAGAACAUUCAGCAGCCCACUUAACCUACGGGAUACCAUUCUUUUAAACGCGGAUGGAUAAGACAAUUCAUGC